AUGAAUCCAUCAAUUUCAAUGUCAUAGAAUAUUAAAAGUAAAUCACAUCAUUAAUUGAUUGAUGAUGAGUCUGAUCCUACAGGAAAAGGUAAAUUAUAAGAAAUAGAACUUGAUAAUGAAUUAUGCAAAUAAUAAUAGUCAAUAACUUUAGGAAAUACUGAAAUAUACUUCCCUCAUAAACCAUAUGAUGUUUAAGUUAAGUAUAUGGAUAGUGUUGUAUAAGCAUUAGAUAAAAAAUAUAAUGCAUUGUAUAUUAAUAAUAUUAAUUAUUAAAAUUAGAUUAGAAUCUCCAACUGGAACAGGAAAGACUUUAUCUUUAUUGUGUUCAUCUUUAGGUUGGUUAUAGAAAUAAAGAAAAGAAUAAUAAAAAUCAAAUAAUCAAAUUAAAUUAAAAAUUAUUUAUGCUUCAAGAACUCAUGCAUAAUUAAAAUAAGUUGCAUAAGAAUUAAAGAAAACAGUUUAUAGACCUAAUGUAUCAAUGUUAGGUUCAAGAGAUUAAUAUUGUUUAAGAGGGGACUUUUAUAAUAUUAAAGGAAAUCUUUUAAAUUAAAAUUGUAGAAAAGUAGUAAAAGCAAAUCAAUGUUAAUAUUUUAAAAAAGAUAUUGUUAUGUUUAUGGCAUAAUAAUAUAAGACUUUAAUAAAUAAUUUAGAGGAAGCUAAAUAAUUUGGAUAUAAAAAUAAAAUCUGUCCUUAUUAUUUUGAGAGAUAGAGAUUAGAAGAUGCUGAUAUAAUAUUGUUACCAUAUAAUUAUUUAUUAGAAAAAGAAUUUUAAGAUUAUGUAAAUAUUGAUAAUUCAAUUUUAAUAUUUGAUGAAGCACAUAAUGUAUAAUCAACAGCUGAAGAAGGAUCAUCUUUUUUUAUAACAUAAAAUAUUAUUAUUGAAGCUGAAAAAGAUUUAGAAAAAUGGAUAGAUGAAUUAGAAACAAUACCUAUAUUUUAUGAAUAAUUAAAAGUUAAAUUAAAUUAGGAAAAAAUAUCUAAUGAAUUAAAAGAAUAUAGAUCAAUUGUUAUUACAAUAAGAACAUUUUCAUAAUAUUUAGAAUAAUUAAAAUAAUAACCAAUAUUUACAUUAUAGGAUACAAAUGAAAAAUAUUAAAUUUUAGAUGCUCGUUAAAUUUAAAAUUUAGUCUUUCAAUAUACAUCAGAUUAAGAUAAUACAUUUAGAUUAUGGAAUGAUUCAAUAUAUACUAAUUAUGCUAAAGGAAUUACAAGAAAUAAUAUUGCUAAAUAUUUAUAACAUUGUUUGAUUUUAAUAGAUGUUAUGAGUGAAUUAUCAUAAUUUCCAGCUCAUAAUUUUGAAUCAUGGAUUAAAUUCAUUAUGAAUGUUUAUGAUUUAAUUAGAGUUGAAGAUGAAAGAGAAAAAUUAAAAUUAUCUUUAUCUUCUUUACUUAAUUAAUUUAAUUAAUAUAAAUUAACUUUUGUAAUAGAUGUAACAAAUUCUAUUUCUAUUUAUAUGUGGUGUUUAGAACCAUCAUUAGCAUUUUAAAGAAUAUUAAAAAAAAAUAUUCAUUCUGUUUUAUUAACAUCAGGUACAUUAUCUCCUAUGUAAUCAUGGACAUGUGAAUUAAGAAUGAAUUUCUAAACAUAAUUUUAAAGUCCACACAUUAUCAAUAUUUAAUAAAACCUUAUUGUUUUUUAACAUAAAUAAUUUGAUUUCUCUUUUAAUUAAAGAAAUAAUGAUGAAUAAUUUAAUAAAUUAGGUUCAAAUCUAUUGAAUCUUUCAUAUGUUAUACCAAAUGGAAUUUUGGUUAUAUUUUCAUCUUAUAGUCUUAUGUAUAAAUUUAGAAGCAAAUUAACAAUUAGUAAAAUAUUGUUUAGAUUAAAUGAAAUCAAACAUUGUUUAUGGGAACCAUAAUAGACAGCAGAAAUGUAAAAUGUUUUUGAAUAAUAUAAAUAACAUUCAAAAAAAGGAGCCAUUAUGUUUGCUGUAUAAAGAGGUAAAGUAGCUGAAGGAAUUGAUUUCUCUGAUGAAUUAUGUAGAGCAGUAUUUCUAAUUGGAGUUCCUUAUCCUCCAAAAUAGGAUCAUAAAGUAUCAUAGAAAAUGGAAUAUUUAGAUAAAGUAUAUAAUGAUCCUGAAUUUAAUGAAUAAGAUAGAUUAAAAAGUUAAGAAUGGUAUUGUUAAUAAGCAAUUAGAGCUACUAAUUAAGCAUUAGGUAGAGUUAUUAGACAUAUUAAUGAUUAUGGGUAUUAAAUUAUUAUUAUUAUUAAGAAUUGUAUUUUUGUGUGAUAAGAGAUUUGAAUAUGGUGAUAUUAAAAAAGGUCUAUCUGAAUGGGUUAAACCAGCAAUCAAACCAUGGGUUAAUGAUGAUGACAUUCUUAAAUAGGCUAAAGCAUUUUAUAAUAGAACUGAUAAUAAUUUUCAAACUCCCAGUUAAAAGAUAAUAACUGAAGAAAAAAAUAGUUAAUAAUCAGAAGUAAAGAAGAGAAAUCUUAAACUAUUUGGUCUUAAAUGCUAAAAAUAAUUAGAAAAACUAAAAUCUGAUUCUUAAUAUGAUAUAGAAGAAUAAGAAAUACCUGAAUAAUAAUAAUAAUAAUAAUAAUAAUAAUAAUAAUAAUAAUAAUAAUAGUAAUAAUAAUAAUAGUAAUAAUAAUAAUCAUAAUCAUAAUUAUAAUAAUAAUAAUUAGAAUCUAAAUUAAUAUGUGAGACUGAAAAUAAAAAGUAAUUAGAAUAACCAGAUAUUAAUUUUACUCCAUCUUAAGUGAAAAUUAGAAUUUAAAUUUAAAGGAAUAAUGUAUAAAUUGAUGAUCAAAUUGUAAAUUCUACAUUCAAUCAAUAAAAUUUGAAUUAAAGUUUAAAUAAUGACAAUAACAAUGAUUAAUUUAAUUACUUUACUUCUUAAAAAGACUUUUUUUCAUCAAUCAAAUAACCUUAAUAAUAAUCAGAUUCACAAAGAAAAGGAAUUAUUAAAAUAAAAUAAAAAAAAUGA